AUGGUUCUCUUGGUAGAAAGGCCUGGCAAAUUGUAUUUCAAACUGGAGAAUCACCAUCCCCAUCAACAGGAAGCAUUAGAUGAUGCUUCCUUGGAGAGUUUUCGAUCGGAUGUUUCGAGUUUUCUGGGACGUUUAUCGUUAAAUCUGAAGCCCGGGUUGGAAAUCCUGUCAUUAGCAUGGUUUCAGCAAUGUUUGGAGCUAGUACAUAGCAUCAACAAGGCCUUUGCAAAGCUUCUUGUGGAAAUAGACUACCCUGUGACCAAAUGGGAGAUGAAAUCUAUGGAAGAGUAUUUCAACUACAGCUUGAACUUGCUGGACUUUAUGAAUAACAUUUCUUCAUGCCUAUCUCAUCUGAGGCAAUCUCGGCUUUUGCUUUCUCACGGCCUGAGUCUUGUCGAGAAAUCGCCUUCCACCGCCUUAGAGCAUGUCAAAGCGAUUAGACUCAAGCGUUUAAUCAAGGAUUCUGAAGAGAAAUACAAUAAGGUAAGUAUACAAGGAAGUUGUUCAAGUAGUAAGGAAGGGAUUAUUCAACAAGGACUCAUGGAAAUGGAAAGUAUUGGAUAUUGGGUUUGUGGGAUUGUCUUGGCUGGUUUAUCUGGAGAUUCUGAUCAAUACCUGAAACGAAAAGAAGCAGGGAAGAUCACCAACUCUACGCUAAUUCGUAUGGAUGCAAGUGUAAGUGAAGCUAUGGAGAAAGGUGGGUUAGUGAAGGAAGUGAAAGAGUUGAAUGAUGCAGCUGAUUGCCUUGUAUCCGCCAUUACAACAAAAGGCGAAAGCAGAAAUGCAGUCGAGGAAUUGCAGAAAAGACUGGAAGCCUUUGAAAAGCUGCUGGAUGUAUUAGGUAAGGAGGUGGAUUGCCUCUUCAAGGAAGUACUAGCUGGGAGGAAUCAAAUGCUCAACGGAAUUCGACAGCAACAGAAGCAGUAG